AUGCUAAAUCAACCCCACACAACUCCAUCAAGCUCUUUCAACCCUUUAAAUAAGGCAAUUAAGCUUUCCCCAUCCACUCAGGACUUUGGGGUGGGAAGAGUUUCAAUGAGAAAAACAGUCAAAAAGAAGGUUUCUUCUACUAGUCCAUGGUAUGGACCAGAUCGUGCCAAAUACUUGGGUCCAUUUUCCGGUGAAGCUCCAUCAUACCUCACCGGUGAAUUCCCCGAUGACUACGGUUGGGACACUGCUGGACUUUCCGCUGAUCCGGAGACCUUUUCCAAAAAUCGUGAACUAGAGGUCAUUCAUAGCAGGUGGGCUAUGUUGGGAGCCUUGGGGUGCGUCUUCCCUGAGCUCUUGGCUCGCAACGGUGUCAAAUUCGGCGAGGCAGUGUGGUUCAAGGCAGGAUCACAAAUCUUUAGUGAGGGUGGACUUGACUACUUGGGUAACCCAAGCCUUGUCCACGCACAGAGCAUUCUUGCGAUAUGGGCAACUCAAGUUAUCUUAAUGGGAGCCCUUCUCUUAUCUUUGCAUGUUUAG